AUGUCUUUAGAACCUGGUGCCGAGGAUCAUGUUGCAGAUGACCAUGCGAUCCCCCAAGAUGAAAACCGAGAAAGGUCUGGAUCUCGGGUGAGGUUUGACCUGUCAACCUCUGACAACAGAAACUCCAAAUCCUUCAGGCACAUUGCCAGCCUCUAUGAUUCUGUUGCCGGGCGCGUCAACAAUAAAGGAUUCGUGGCACCGAGGCCGACGCGGUACGGCGAUACACAGGCUUCAGGUGGUCGCGAUCUUCGCCCCGAAGAGGUCCUAUAUCGACAUAAGCCGAAAAAAUUGGAACAGAUUGUAGAGGAUGAAUCUGGUUAUUUUGCGCAUGAAAAUCUUCCUGCUGAUCGCCCUCUCCCGAGCAGCGAAAUUUUGACGGCAAUCCACGCCUAUUCCUCCGAUUUCUAUGCAAAUAAGCUUCGCGACAACGGAAAACACAAUUUCUACAGCAUGGACGAGUCUGCCCUUCUUGCGGUUGGCAUUCUGAUGGAGGAGCUGGCCAAGGAACAACUUGGGGAAACUGGAGAUAUGGCUCUGACGGAGGCAAUGUGGAAUAGCGAAAUUCAGGGCCCAGGCGAUGGCAAUGACCCCCAUAUUCCAAAAAAGAGACGGAGGGCAAAGACCAUUGAAGACGCUUCUAGCCCAAACCAGGAUAUGCGAGGCGCAGUGGGGAGUGGCGAGGCCCACAUAUCACCCCAGACGGAGCAUGAAGCUAUUCGAGAGGAGAUACAAAGGAGUGCCUCCCCGCAGAAAAAGCAGAAGAGAAAGGGGCCUGCCUGA